GAAUCAUCGUGAAAAUGGCAGACGAGAAACAAUUUAUAGCCAACAGUCAAGAAGUGCAAGCUCGCUGUGACUCGUGGGUCAAGACUCAGAAUGAAUUUCUACUACAAUCACCCGAAUCAAUAAAAACAGAUCACGAAAGUGAACAGGACUAUGAAUAUGCAACCGAUUCGGAAUUUGAUUCUGUUUCCGAAUGUGGUACAAAAAGACGCAGAUUAGCUAUUCCAAUCAAAGACGAAGUACUGAAUCUCGUUUGUAAAUGGAAAAAUUGUAUUGAACUUACCAAUUCCAUGGACAGAUUUGUUAAACACAUUUCAGAGCAUAUCCCUGAACUCGAAAUCCAACUCAAUGAAAAUGGCUGCGAAGUUUAUGUCUGUUCAUGGAAAAAUUGUGCCUAUGAGAGUUCCAGUGGAGAUGAAAUUGCUCGUCAUGUUAACUAUCACUCGUUUCAUGCAAAAUUACAGUGCAUUGGAACCAAUAUCAGAUCCAGGAUCAAUUUGCCCAAAUGCAAUCAUGAAAUAUCUUGGAAAAACAUUGUCAAUGCCCAAUUGCCUCACACAUGCGAGUGGGACAAUUGUUUGAAAGUUCAUAGAAAUUAUCAACUGUUUUUGUACCACGUCUUUCAACAUGUUGAAUGUAAUCCAAGAGGAAACAACGUUGAAGGUGGUAUCAAAUGCAAAUGGACAGGAUGCAAGAGGAAAUUCCCAAGUGUUUACAAACUCAAAAGUCACGUUAGGCACCACACUAAAGAAAAAAUAGUGGCUUGUCCGGAUUGUGGAGUUACUUUUGCAUCUAAUACAAAAUUCCAUGACCAUUGCCGCAGACAAAUUCCAUUAGAUGUCCAAGGAUUUCAGUGCCGAUAUUGUUCCAAGUCGUAUCCAACGGAAGGAAUUCUUCGUGAUCACAUGAGGUUUCACGUGUUCAAUUACAAAUGUUCUCUCUGCGACAUGAGCUGUCUUUCAAUAUCGAAUUUGGUGAAGCACGUGCGUUACAGACACCUUUCGGAAAGACCUUUUCCAUGCCAGCUGUGUUCACAUGCCGCAAAAUCCCAACAAGAUCUUGAUUCCCACAUGACUGUACACACAAGUGGACCAAACUUUUUUUGCAAUCACGAGGGCUGUACUUAUACUUGUAAAAAUGCUUCGAUAUUUGACCGACACAUCGAACGAGCCCACACGAACGGAGUACGGUGGUACUGUUGUCACGAGUGCCCGAUUAAAUACCGCAAAAGUUACUCACUGACGAAACAUUUGAUCGAAGAGCACAAAUUACAAACUGCUGGACAAAAGAGGUUUCAGUACAUGAGAGACGACGAUGGCUGUUAUCGGCUUCAAAUUUUCAGAUACGAAGGCGUCGACGAGGAAAAUUCUGAUGCUGAAAAUUCCGAAGUACCAACGAAAAAUUAUAAAAUUAAGCUUAACGAUAAAACGAAGACUUUUGCGAUUGUUGAAGAUAAUGGCGAAUCUGAAGUAGCAAAGACUUUAGAAAUAGAGUCAGAACAAUAUUACGACGACGUUGGAAAGUCGAUGCCAACGAUAUCAAACAUUUUGAUUUCUAUCGACGAAAUGGAUAUUUAUGGAAACAUAAUAGAACGUAAAAUCGUCGAAACUCAAGAGACAAACGAAUUGCCACCUUCGGAAGAACCGCCGAUAAUUCUGACUUGAAUUAUCAAACGUGUGUUUUAAUUUUUUUCUGACAUGACAGAUUAUUCAUGAUUUCUCAAAGUAUUAUCAUAAAAAAAACACAAUCUUCUGUAUCAUGCACAGUAUAAGACAUACAGAAAACGCAUAAGUGGGAAAAAAAAUUCAAGGAGAGCUAGAUUGAAAGAUAAAUUUAUUACGAAUACGUGUAUAAAUUCUACAUACGACGAUGAAUCACCAGCAGAAACAAUUCGUUCCAUUAAAAUUAAAUGAAAAAAAUAACAUUUUUGUUUUUACAAAAUAUUGAAACUAUGCGUGAUUAUACGAGGAAUCUCGCAGACUUUUUAAACUCCUUGUUUCAUUAUCAAACACAAAAUAGUAUGGAAGAAAAAAAUGGUUUAAUUAAUCAGUCAUUUUACGUGUAUAUAUAAUAUUUCAAAGCAUGUAAAAGCUAUUUUUCUCGCCAUUUUCUUUUCUCUUCCUUACAAAGGACAACUUGACUCCAGGCUCGAAGCUUACUCAAAAAUUUACAUCACUUUUUUCAUUGCGUUUUGUCUUGUAAACUUAUCAUAAAUGUGCUUCCGUUUUCUUUUCUUUGUUUUGUUUUUAUCUAUCCACAUCCAAGAGUUCUCUAGACUAGAGGCUUUUUUUAAGUAGAAAUUAGACAGGAAUAGCCAUUAUUUAAUCUUCGUCUUUGUUUCUAUGUAAUGCAUAUAUUAUUUCAUAGUUUAAGUUAUAUGUAUAAAUAAUUAUAUUGAUGAUAAAGAGAGUGAGAUUUACACCGAUGGGAAUUCACAAAAGCAAACACAUAUACAAAUAUUUAUAUCUUCGAGGUAUUAAAUGUUUGCAUCACUAAAA